AUGGGUACCGAAACCUCUCCUAGUGUAAAACUUCCUGUUAUUGAUUUCUCAAUUCAACCUCUCAAACCAGGAACUGAGUGGGACUUGGUGAGAUCCCAAGUCCGGCAAGCACUCGAAGAGUUCGGUUGCUUUGAGGCUUUGUUCGGCAAAAUUUCUUUGGACACUCGGAGAGCCAUUUUCGAUACACUACAAGAGCUUUUUGACCUUCCUUUACAGACUAAACUGAGAAAUGUUUCGAAGAAGCCUUUUCAUGGCUAUGUCGGCCAAUAUCCUCAGAUGCCGCUGUUUGAGAGUAUGGCCAUCGACGAUGCAAACAUCCAUGAAAAUGUUGAAAGUUUGGCUAAUAUCUUGUGGCCCCAAGGAAACCCAAAUUUUUGCAAAAUUAUACAAUCCUACUCGGAACAACUAUCCGAGUUGGAUCAGAUAAUCAGGAGGAUGAUUUUGGAGAGUUUGGGAGUUGAGAAAUACUUGGAGGAACACCUGGGGUCAGCAAACUACCUUCUUCGAGUCAUGAAAUAUAAGGGCCCUCAAACCAAAGAGACCAAGAUGGGGUUGAGCGCUCACACAGACAAGAACAUAGUCACCAUUUUGUACCAAAAUCAAGUUGAGGGCUUAGAGGUUCAAACCAAAGAUGGUGAGUGGAUUUCUGUCAAGCCCUCACCGAAUUCUUUCAUCGUCAUGAUCGGAGAUUCGCUCUACGCAUGGGCAAAUGGCCGACUACAUUCUCCAUGUCAUCGUGUGAUUAUGACGGGAAGUGAGGCAAGGUACUCGGCGGGGUUGUUUUCGAUUCCAAAAGCAGGUUACAUAGUAAAAGCUCCAGAAGAGCUUGUCGAUGAAGAGCAUCCUUUGCUGUUCAAGCCCUUUGACCAUGUCGAAUUCCUUGAAUUCUUCUAUAGAGAGGCUGGUCAGAGAGCUGAAUCUGCUCUCAAGACUUAUUGUGGCGUCUGA